AUGGAACGAGAUGAAUCCUAUUUCCUAGGUCCCAAUCUACCCAAACUCAAGGGUUCAGAAUUCGGAUGGAUUCUCAUGGGAGAACACACUCCUAACCAAGGUUCUAGCCCCGAUGAUUCCAUCUGUAAUCUCACUACUUUAUCCUCCAUUGAUUCCACUCUAAAAAGGUUUUGGGAAAUCGAAACCAUCCCAAACGUCGUUCCACCAACCAAGGAACAGGAGGAAGCCGAACAUCUGUUUUCUCGUACCACGACCCGAAACCAAGAUGGCCGAUUCGUUGUCCACUUGCCUUUCAAGGCUAAUGUCCAACGCCUCGCAGACAACAAAACCAAUGCCAUUGGUCAAUUUGUCCGUCUGGAGAGGAAAUUAUCCAAAAAUCCUGCCCUGAAAGAGCAAUAUGCAUCAGUCUUCAAAGAAUAUCUAGACUUAGACUUCUUGGAAAAGGUCCCACCUGAAGAACUCGAUAGACCCUCCUACUAUCUCCCUCACCAUGGAGUGGUCAAAGAGUCCUCCUCGUCAACCAAGCUUCGCGUGGUUUACAAUGCGAGCUCUAAAUCUUCGUCAGGCCUUAGCCUAAAUGACACUCUAAUGGUUGGGCCGGUAGUACAGCCGGAUCUUGUCUCCAUCCUUCUUCGUUUCCGAUUGGGUGCUGUCGCUCUCUCAUGCGACGUUACCAAGAUGUACCCUCAAUUCCUACUCCAUCCUCCUCACCGCGAUUACCAAAGAAUAAUUUGGAGAUCCGAACCCGACGAUGAAUUGCAGCAUUUUCGAUUGAAAGGUGUCUGUUUCGGAGUCGCCUCCUCGCCUUUCUUGGCGACUCGUUGUCUUAACCAAUUAGCCAUUGAAGGCUCCGAUACUUACCCUUUGGCUUCUAAAACCCUCUUGGAAUCCUUCUAUGUGGAUGAUUGCCUUUCAUCCUUUCCUUCACCACUAGAAGCUAAGAAAACCCAAGAGGAACUUAUCGCCAUCACUCAAGAAGCUGGACUUACAUUAGCUAAGUGGAAGUCCAAUAUCCCAAAUAUCUUGCCCGAUUCUUGUCAACUACAAGGCUCUAACGAAAGAGUUUCCCUACCCGAAUUAAAGACAAGAGCCUUGGGAAUGCAAUGGGAUGUGGGGGGAGAUACCUUCAAAUACGACUUCACUCAUCAAAUGCCAAAAAUAAAUACCAAACGCACUACAUUCUCAGGUAUAGCUUCUUUAUUUGACCCACUCGGCCUCAUAGGUCCAGUCAUAAUUGUAGGAAAACGUAUCCUUCAAGACCUCUGGAGGAUCGAAGUGGAAUGGGAUGAACCACUCCCUCAAAGAUUGUCAGAUCUAAUCUCAGACUUUUUCACGGAUCUUACAUUCAUCUCAUCUCUUUCCAUACCAAGAUGGAUCUCUACCUUUCCAAACCCUUCCCAGACUGAGCUCCAUUUAUUCACAGAUAGUAGCUCGUAUGCGUACGGAGCCGCCAUCUAUUAUGUAACCCAAGAUGAGCAAGGUAACCGAUGUUCGAGAUUACUCACGUCCAAAUCUCGUAUUGCUCCUUUACACGCCCUAACAAUUCCUCGUCUCGAAUUAUGUGGAGCGGUAUUAGGCGCUCGCCUCCUUCACAAGGUUUUAUCAGCCAUUUCUGUCAAUUCGUGUCACUGCUGGACCGACUCUCUGAUAGUCCUCCAUCAAAUAAAUGCCACUACGGAAAAAUACGAUGUCUUUGUGUCUCAUAGAAUCUCAGAAAUCCAGCAGAUCACAGAUAAGACUUCUUGGCGACAUGUCCCUGGACACUUAAACCCUGCGGACGUUUUGUCAAGGGGUGCCAAUCCACAACGAUUGAUGACUCUUGACCUCUGGUGGUCAGGACCGCCAUUCAUUGCCAAUACUCAGACUCAAUGGCCUCCAGCCUUCAUAGACAUUAAUCCUGACCAAACUGACCAAGAAACUACCUACUGCACCGUCACUGCCUCACAUCCAGUUCCUACUAAUUCCUUUCUGGCUCGCUCUCUCGAAGAAUCCUCAGACUUUAUUGAAUUGACCCGAUUGAUUGCAAUUUCGCGCCGCUUUUUCACUCCCUCCCGAGAUAUUCCUCGUAUCACUGGUCCUCUCACUCCCAAUGAACUCCUCCAAGCACAAACGAUUGUGCUCAAGUGGGAUCAAGAGCAGCAUUUGGGUUAUGUACAUGGGGCGAUAAGAAACGGUAGCAUCUCAAGAAGCUCGAAAUUUGCACACAUCCGUCAACUCACACCAUUUAUCGACGUCACUGGACUCAUACGUGUUGGAGGCAGACUCCAGCACUCUAGUGAGCCUUAUUCAGCACGCUUUCCCAUCCUUUUGAACAAGGGCCAAGUAGCAUACAGUAUUGCCAGAUCCGAACACUUCCGUCUUCAUCACGCAGGGCCUCAAUUAUUGCUCGCCUCCUUACGACAAAAUUAUUGGAUGUUGUCCGGAAGAAGAAUCUGUCGCAAAGUUGUCAAAGAUUGCAUUAGAUGCUGCAGAGUCAAACCACCUCUCCAAACUCAACUCAUGGGAGACUUACCAGAGCAACGUGUGUCCAAUCCAAUCCCAUUCCUGGCCACGGGUAUCGAUUUUGCGGGACCUGUUCUCAUUAGACACGGUCAACGUAGAAGUCAAACUCUGGUCAAGGCAUACGUGUGCGUCUUCGUGUGUCUGUCCACUCGGGCAAUACACUGUGAGGUAGUCUCAGAUCUCACUACCGAUGCCUUUAUAGCCUGCCUCAGACGAUUUAUCUCACGGAGAUCUUGUCCUUCCGACAUUUACUCCGACAAUGCAACUAAUUUUGUCGGAGCCGACAAAGAACUCCACCGACUACUCACUCAUGACGAUUCCCGUAAUGAACUCAUUGCUGCCACUGCUUCCUUCCGCAUGAAAUGGCACUUCCAGCCACCAAAAUCUCCACACCAUGGUGGCCUGUGGGAAGCAGCAAUUAAGUACAUGAAACAUCAUUUUCGUCGAGUUGUUGGGAAUAAAAAACUCACAUUUAAAUGA